AUGUACAUGCAGGUGGAGACGCGCUCCAGCUCCUGCCUGCACCUGACGCGCGCGCCCGGCGUCCGCUCCUGGUCGCUGCUGGUCGGAAUCCUGUCCAUCGGCCUGGCGGCUGCCUACUACAGCGGCGACAGUCUGGGCUGGAAGCUCUUCUACGUCACAGGCUGUCUGUUCGUGGCGGUGCAGAACCUGGAGGACUGGGAGGAAGCUAUCUUCAACAAGAGCACUGGGAAGGUCAUCCUGAAGACGUUCAGCCUCUAUCGGAAGCUGCUCACCCUUUCCCAGGCCGGCCACGACCACGUGGUUGUCCUGCUCCAUGACAUCCGCGAUGUGAACGUGGAGGAGGAGAAGGUGCGCUACUUCGGCAAGGGCUACGUGGCUGUGCUGCGCUUCGCCACAGGCUUCUCCCACCCCCUGACCCAGAGCGCAGUCAUGGGCCACCGCAGUGACGUGGAAGCUAUCGCCAGGCUCAUCACCAGCUUCCUGGAGCUGCACCGCCGGGAGAGCCCCACAGAGCUGUCUCAGAGCAGCGACAGUGAGGUGGAAGGACCUGGGAGCCAGCACUGACACGUGGA